AUGCAGCGCCCGCAGCGCGUCCGCUCGCACUACGACAUCCUCGGCGUCGCGCGAGACGCAUCGCUCGACGAUCUGAAGCGCGCGUACCGCAAGCUCGCGCUCGUGCUGCACCCGGACAAGCGCGUCGACGGCGUGAGCGAGGAGGAGGCGGUGGUGAGGUUCCAGACGCUCGUCGAGGCGUUCAAGGUGCGCUCAGUGACGGGCGGCGACGCCGGCGGUCGACGGAACGGAUCCCCGCGGACGGCACCCGCGAUUCGAAUCGAAGAUAAAUCCGAAUCGCGCUGA